ACAGCUGUUUUUGCAAAAAGAGAAAAAACAAUGAGCAACUAUAAAGCUAUAGAAAUCCCAGAUUCCGACGAGGAAUCGUCGAGUGAAGUUGACGAGAAGAUGGGUCCGAAACGGUGUAAGACACCCCCCAGAGGUUCCAGCGCCAAAACCAAAAUAUGCAAGGAACACACCCCUAAAACAACAAUCGUUGACAGAACGGAACCGGAUUCGGCGGGUAGUCCUAAAAUCUCGAUUUUUGGUCCGGAUUCAACAUCCCCUUCCUCCUCGGAUAAGACGGGCACAUCACCAAGCACCUCGGCAGAUGUGAGCGGUAAAGCCGGACGCCACAGGGCCAGGAAGAGCCAGCAUGGCGCCAGACGCAUAAGUCCUGACCUCCAGUUCGAGUCGGUUGCUCUGGAGGCGGGUGAGAGAGGAGACUCUAAAGCCCCCAAGCAACCCAAGUUGGAGACGGACUCGUCGAACUCGCAGGACAAGGUGAGCACGGCCAUUAGGAAUCUGGUGCAGAGCGAGGAGAUGCAGGAGCUCAUAAAACAGAUCGCCAACGAACGAGUGCGCUGCAACUUCCUGCUGGCCACCUACCAGCUUCCGGACAUGAACUUCGCUCUCAACACUCCCAUGGAUACGCUCCGAGUCCAGUUCCGUGAGCGCGUCAAGCAGCGUCGGGAUCGCGGGAACCCCACUUCAUCCACUGCUGUUCCAACCGCAUCCGUCAGCAGCCAAAAAGGAUCCGGCAAGGGAGCUUUGAAAGGAAAGCCUCAGACUUAAAUCAGCUUUAUAUCUCAUGGUUGGUAUUAAAAUUGAAAAAUAAUGUAAAAUUAUUAAUACUGAAUAGAUUAAAAACAACUCUUUUAUUUAAGUCAAUAGCACUUUAAGAAGUUUGUACAAAUAUGAAACUACAAAAAUUAUGACAUUCUGUACUAAAAACACAAAUGAAAUAGUAAAAUUAAACUCGAAAAUAAACUAAUUUUUUGUAGGGAACGAGAACAGUAUGCGCUCAAGAUUAUGUCAAUAAAUAAAAACAUUUUGUAAUAAAUUUAAAAGUCCAUACCAAUUUA